AUGCUACAGCCGAGGGCGCGCCGCGGUGGCCGGGCGCGGACGGGCGCUGCCAGGCGAGCGGGGCCGGCGGCCGCGAACCUCCGCGUCGACCAUCACUGGCGGCCGCCCGCAGGCACCUCUCUGCAGGCGGCCCCGCCGUUCGUUGAGCUCAAGCGCCACGCCUCGGCCCCGACGCCAGCGCGGCCGCCGGAGGCGGCCGGCCCCGCCCUGCGCGAGGACGAGGACGACAGGCCCCCGCCCGGCCUGGGCGGGGCGCGGGCGUUUCCGGAGGAGCCUCGGUGGGCCGAAGGGCGGCGGCGGAAGGCGGAGAGCGACUUCGGCGCCGCCAUGGCCAUGAGCCCGUACGACGCCUACGGCCAGGACAUGUGCUGGGGCCCCUGGCCGCCCGACUUCGGCGCCCCCGGGCCCCCGCCGCCCGGCCUGCACGCCCAUCCGCCGCAGCCUGGGUGGCUCACGCGGGCGACGUCGGCGCCCGCCGCCCUGUCGCCCUGCUUCGGGGGCGGUUGGGGAGCCCCGCCGCCGUUCGGCGGCCACCCCGCCGAGGCCCUCUGGGGCACUGUUGGCUUGGAGCACCACGCUGGAGGCUUCUACGACGCGGACCCGUACAGGGACACUGCGCACGUGACGCGCGGCGUCAACCUCAGCGCCCCUCCGCCGGCCCCUGCGAUGCCGCCGCCCCCUGGGCUCCUUUCGCGCGCCUCCUCGGCCAGCGGCGCCGCGGCAAUGCCGCCGCCCCCUGGGCUGGCGCCGCGCGAGCCGGGCGCCGAGGACCCGACUGGCCGCCCGCCGGCGCCCUCGGCGAACCCGUUACCGUGGAGCCCCCCGCUAGAGAGCCUGGCGAAGCCGACGCGCUGGCGGCCCUGGGCUCCGACAAGCCAGCCCAGACGCUGGUGCGCUCCCGGGAUGACGGCACGGGCGUGUCGCGCGUGA